AUGGAUGCUGGUGGUUGGAAUUUAAUUUAUAAUUGGUUAAAAGAUGCUGUAGAAACUGAUAAUAUUAUACUAAUUCAGGAUCUAUUAACAAUAUUUCAUAUUGUACCUGUAACAAUGGAACGACUGAAAGCAAAUGGCGGACCAAAAUUGGUCAAAAAGUUAUCCAAAACUCAUAUUGAUAUAGAAGUGAAAUCACUCGCACAACAAUUAGUUGAGAAAUGGUUAAAAGUAGUUAAAACUGAACAAUGGCAUAGUAUGAUGAGUGAUAAAGAAAGCCUUACAAAACAUGAUACAUUAGAUAACUUAAAAUCUGAAACUGGAGGACAUUUAAUUUUAAGUGCACCUAAAAUAGAUACUGGGGUUUCUUCAGAAUCAGCAAAUGAUAGUACUACCUCAGAUUUUAAAACAAAAAGUGAAAAGCCUAAGAAUAAAUGUGAAAAUGAAAAAGUCAAAGAUAGAAUUAAAAAAGAAAAAAAUAUCUUAAAUGUUAAAGUUGAUCUUGAUAAAAAUAAAGAAAAACCAAAAAUCGAAAAAGAAAAGAUAAUAAAAGAUGAUUCUGAUGAUUCCAAAGAGAAAAAACGGCGCAUAAAAGAAAAAAAUGGAAAUCCAUUUUUAAGAAUAAUUGGAGAAAUGACAGAUGAAAAAUCUGAUGAAGACAAACAAACGGAAAAUGAUAAUUCAAAUUUAACCAAACAUUCAAGUCGACGAAAACAAAAUUUAAAAAAUCUUUCAUCUGGAGAAAGAUAUGUAAAAUUAAAACUAUCCAAUGAUAGUAAAAAGGGCAGUGAUCCUAAUUCUAGCUCAGACAUAAAAAAAGAAUCAAGACCAUUACCACCACCAGCUCCUAAGCCUAAAUUACCAGAAUCUAAGACUAUUUUAGAGAAAAAAAAUUAUUCUAUUCAUGUAGAAAAAAAAGAAUAUGUGGGUGAGAAGAAACCAACUGUUAAAACUUUUAAGUCAAAAUUCCGAAGUACUGGUUUAGAAGAAGCCCCGCCUCCGCCUAAAUCUAAACUGCAAUCUAAAAAGUCAACCAAAAGCUUAUCACCUUUACCUUUAUCAAAAGCUGAAAAAAGAAGUUUGUCACCUCCAUCAGAUUCUCAAAGUGAAAAGAAACUAAAAAGUUCUCCUUCAGACACCAAGAAACUACCACCUAAAAUCAAAGAGAGUGGUUUGUUUAUGGAUGCAAUGUUAAAUGUUCUAAACUCAGCUCCAAAAGUCCCCAAAAAACGGAAACCUAAACCGGAUGCUGUUAAAAAAAAUCAAGACUCUCCCCCAUCCACCAUCCCAUUGUCGCCUGUAAAACCUGACUUACCAUCGCCACCGAGAUCUCCAGUACAUUCACCAUCAACGUUGGAUUUGGAUUCAUUAGUUUUGCCACAACCUUUGACGAACGCCGAUGAGUCGCCGUCAUUUUCAGAAUUGAACACGCCUUCGGAUUACGUACCGUUAUCGGCCGAAAAUACUACUUCCCAUGAUGUGACCCCUGAUCCAGAACCAGAGUUAAAUGUUGAACCGCUAGUUGAAAAGCCACCACAACUAAAGUUUUAUCGAGACACUUUAUUGGAUUCUACAAACGAGUCGCUCAAUACUGAUGAACCCGAAGAAAAAAACCAAGUCAAAAGUCCUAUAGACGAAUCAACUACCAAUAGUUGCAAUGACAACAAAAGUGGUAUGCGAAGUGUUCUGGUUUACGUCAGAAAUAAAUCGUCAAAGAAAUCGGUUUCGUGGAAACAAGAAAACGAUUUGGUGAAAGUUUCUUAUUUUGAACACGACGAAACCGAAAGAGUGAAUGUAACAAAGAACUUUAAAGCUAUGGAAAUGCAUGAACGAGAUGUUGAAAGACAAAAUUUCAUUGCUGUUCGAAAAUUAAAUGCUGCUGAUAAUAUGGAAUCAAAGACACCUUGGCGAUAUUUAGAUGAUAGCUUGUUAGUUGACUUACCAGAAGAGCUUGGUAAAGAAAAAAUGGAACAUGGUAGUGGCAGUCAAGAAAAAAAGAAACAGACUCUUAGAGAACAAUCAGUUUUGCAAGCUAUUUACUUCACUAGAAAUAUGAUACCGGAUUCACCAGAAGAACCUGAUCAAAUGGAAAUAGUACCAUACUCUGAACCAUUAAACAUUCCUUUGGAAGACAUGUCGGGGGAUACAGCCCCUAUUUACAAUUAUGUUAGUAAUUCUUGGCCAGAAUCUAAAGGUGAUCAGCCUCCCAUUGUAGAGUUUCCUAUUGGAAUGAACAAUGUAAUGCCAAUGCCCAAUAUGAUGAUACCACAACCUCAAUUCCCAGUAUUUGGGGGCAAUCAAAUGAAUUGGGGUAUGCCACCUGAAAAUAUGAUGGGAAUGGGUCCUCCAGCAAACAAUAUGUACAUUCCUCCUAACCAGAUGAUGAUGAAUAAUCAGAUGUUUAUGGGCGAUCAGAUGCCACAACAGCCUCAACCUCUAUCACUGCAACAGCAACCACCACCACCACUACAACAACCACAACAACAACAACAACAACAACAACAACAACAACAUCAUCCUCCACCUGUUCAAGAAGACCAAUGGAUGGGUCCACCUGGGCCUCCAAUGCAACACGAUCAACAUUGGAGCCAACAACAACCUAACAACGGCCCACCACAUUUUGAAAGAGGCGGUGGCGGCCGUGGUCACACUAGAUGGGACAAUCCUAGGGGUGGUAAUUACGACUCGUAUCGAGGAAAAAUGAACCGUAAUAAUCAACGAGGUAAUAGAGGAGGUCCAUACAAUCGGAGAGGCGGUCAUCCAGGCAAUGGAAGAGUAGGUGGUCGAUUAUGUAAAUAUUAUGCAAAACAAGGUUUCUGUAAAACUUCAAACUGUGCCUUUCUACAUUCAAAAUGUUAAUGUAAUUUUUUUUUCUUUUGUCGUGAAAUAAGACUGAAUAAAAUUUAAGAUCUGUAGUAAUAGUUCCCUCGCCCUCUAUUCUUGAUACUUCAAAUGACAAGCGAUAUUGUAUAUAAAAUUAUAAAUAUUAUGUAUAAUUGUA